CGGCCGCCGGGGGCGAUGGUUCAUCCCGGGAGUGCCGGGGAGGAGGAAGAGGGGGGGGAAGAGGAAGAGGAGGAGAAGGCGGCGGUGGAAGCGGCGGCGGAAGCGACGGCGGAAGCGGCGGAAAACGGGAGCGGCGAGGGCUGGGAGAGACUGGUGGCGGAGAACCGCGAGCUGAAGGGGGCGCUGCGGCGCAGCACGGAGUCGGUGCGGCUGCGCUGUGAGGAGCUGCGGCGGCUGCAGGCGCUGCGUCGCGCCGAGAGGGAAGCGCUGCGCAGCCGAGCGGCUCAGGCCCGCGCCCUCGUCUGCAGCCUCCGCGCGCGCUGCGCCUCGCUCAGUGAUGUCCCAGCGCCGCCCCCCGAGUCCCCGUGUGCCCCCCAGGACCGCACCGACCCCCCGAGGUCUCCGGAGCAGCUGAGGCGCCGUUUGGCGGCCGCGGAGGCUCAGCUGGCGGCGGCGCGAGAGGCGGCGGUGGAGGCCGAGGCGAGAGCGGAGGCGGCGGCGAAGGAGGCGGAGGAGAAGGUGAAAGCGCUCAGGAAGGAACUGGAGGCUCAGGCUGCAGUGAAGGCUCAGGUGACGUCGCUGUUGGCGGAGCUGCGCGAGAGUCAGGAGAGGCUCGAGAGCGGCCGCAGGGAGAGCCUCGCCCUGGAGAGCAGGGCGGUGGCGGCCGAGGCGCGGUGCCGGGCGCUGGAGGAGGACGCGUCGGCGCAGCGGCUGCAGCUCGAUCAGCUGCGCCUGCACACACAGAGCCUCGAGAGCGCCCUCAGGGCCGAGCGGCAGGCGGGCAGCGACGAGAAGCGGAAGUUGGUGCAGCUGCAGGUCGCCUAUCACCACCUCUUCCAGGAGUUCGACGGACACAUCCGGGGGGGACAUGGGGACAGGGGACAGGGACAGGGCGCGUGGCGGGAGCUGCAGGAGGCGCGGGAGCAGCUGCGCGCGGCCGAGGAGGCGCUGGCGGCCAAACAGGAGCUGAUCGACCGCCUCAAGGAGCAGCGGGAGCGCGACCGCAGCGCCCUGGAGAGCGUCCCCGUGCUGCGGGCACAGGCCGAGAUCUUCCGGGCGGAUUUUGCAGCGGAGCGGGCGGCGCGGGAGCAGCUGCACGCGCAGAGAGAGGCACUGCAGGCAGCGCUGGAGCAGCUGCGGCUGCGGCUGCAGAGCGAGGGCGCAGCACGAGCCCGUCUGGACGAGAUGCGCAAUCGCCACUCGGAACCUCGCCCCGCCUCGGCACCCAGUUUUGGGGGACCCCGCGCCGCGUCCCCCCCUGAGGAAGAACCCGAGCUCUGUUGUCCCAAGUGCCAAUAUAAGGCUCCGGAUAUGGACACCCUUCAGAUCCACGUCAUGGAGUGCAUCAAGUGAUGGGGGAAGCACCCCAAAAUCCUUAUGGGAGCCCCCCCUGAACCUCCAGCGGUCCCCAAAAACAUGGGGGAGUCCAAAGCCUUCAGGGAACCCCCCCCCAAAAUUCAAUGGGGGGGGAAUUUAUGCCAUUAAAACUCCUUAGAGAGGAGUGGAUUAGCGUAAAUGGACCCAAAUUGGGGGGUUUCGAGGGUGGUUUUGGGGUUCAAAGGGUGAUUUUGGGGGUUCAAGGGGUGGUUUUGGGGGUGAAAGGAAGAAACGACCCCAAAAUGUCCCCCAGAAACUUAAUUGAGCCCAAACGUGGGGCUGAAAAAUGGCUUUUCAGGAAGUAAACAAAAAUAAAUCUUUUUUGAGGUAAAAAUCUUUCAGCAGGAAAUAAAAUGCACCUUUUUUUGAGGUAAAAAACCCCUUUUUCUGAGGUAAAAUGUUUCCUGAAUGUCAAUAUGGUGCUUUUUAGGGGGUAGAACCGUCUUUUUUUGGAAGUAAUGCUUUCUCUGUGAGGUAAUUUUUACCUUUUCGGAGGUAAAAAUCCACUUCUGAGGUGAAAAAUUCUCUUUCCUGACAUAAAUCUGUUCCAUGAGGUAAAAUUGAUCUUUCUUGAGAUAAAAAACCCACUCUUUCCUGAGGCAAAAAUCUCUUUCCUGAGGCAAAAAUCUCUUUCCUGAAGUAAAAUCUCCUCCCUGAGGUAAAAAAAAUGUUUCAUGAGGGUAAAACCCACAUUUCUUGACGUAAAAAAAAACCUUUUCUGAGGUAAAAUCCUCCUUUUUGAGGUAAAAAAAAAUGUCUUUACUCGAGCAAAUGCUCCAUGUGAGGUGAAAAUCACUUUUUUUCAUGUAAAAAGUCGUUUUUUGGAGGAUAAACCCCCUUCCCUGAUGUAAAUAUCUAAUUUU